GUUGAUGUUUACAAAGGUAACAGAGUGUUUGACAAAAUGCACUGUUGAGUAAAAUAAUGUAUAAAUCAGGCAUAUUUUCGACUGAUACUGAUUUCGGCUCUGUAAAUGGAUUAGCCUGCAGUACUUUUAUGUUUAUUACAUAAAUUUAGCUACAGGAAUCUAUUUUUUCUUCCUUAUAAGUACUGUUAGUGACGUCUUUCGCACCUAAUUUGCAAGCUGUUAUACUAAUAUAUUUGAUUGAAAAAUGAUGACUCCUCUACAUAAUGUGGAGGGGAGUCGCGGUCGCAGCACGUGGGGAAGUCAGUCGCGCUCGGGAGACGCUGGGAGGUGGACGCGGGAGACGUCGCUCCACAGCUUGGUCUGUGCCGUACAUAGGCCCAAUCCCAAGUGGUCUCACACCUGGUAAAAUGAUUCGUAUAAGAGGCACAAUCCCACCAUCUGCAAAUAGAUUUGCAGUGAAUCUCCAGUGCGGCCCGAAGAUAGCUCCUCGGGAUGACAUAGCUCUGCACCUGUCUCCGAAGUUCGCAGAGAACGUGGUCGCCAGGAGCUCCCUGCACGGACUGACUUGGGGCCCGGACGAGACGGUGGGGCACAUGCCCCUGGCUCGCGGCCAGGGGUUCGAGCUGCUCAUCCUCUGUGACCCCGCACAUUACAAGAUUGCAAUAAACGGACAGCACUAUACAGAAUUCAUACAUCGAAUACCGUAUCAAAGAGUGAAUCACAUUUCCAUUGAUGGCGAUGUUGUGGUCAACGAGCUCCACUUCGACGGGAAUGUGCCGCCACCGCCGCCAGUGGGGUUCACGCCUUACCCGCCCAACUCUGCCCCAUUCACAGCGAACCCAUCUCCUUUUCCUAACAACCCAGUUCCAUACCCUAGCAACCAGAGUCCGUACCCUAGCAACCCGAAUCCGUACCCGGCUGGUGCCACCCCGUACCCAACUUCGUUCCCUGCAAACCCUUCUCCGUACCCCACCAACCCUGCGCCAUACCCUCCAGUUGUCGGCACUCCUUACGGUCACACUCCAUACCCGACCCAAGUUCAAGGUCACGGCUAUCCGGGCUACCCGGGCUAUCCAGGAUACAACCCAUCGCACCAACCUGGUUAUCACACAUCACCAGCCAAUAAGGGCCUGGUGGGGAAGGCAGGUGCUGUUCUCUCAGGGGUUAUGGGUGCUGCGGCUGGAAAGAAGGCGUACAAGUCCCACAAGAAAGCGUCGAAGGCCCUGAAGUACGGCGUCCCCCUGGCCGGCGUGGCGGGCCUGGGGUUGGGGGCGUACGCGCUGUCCAAGGGCUUCCACAGCGGCAGUUCCAGCAGCAGCAGCAGUAGCAGUAGCAGCGAGGAGGAGUGACCCGCGUUGCAGGUUGACGCUGCGCAUUGAGAGUCCAUCACAGUAGAAUCGCUUUUUGUUUGACCAUCACCAUGGCCACUUAUAUAAAUUAUUCAUUUACUUCAUUUACUUCUGUAGUCCUGUUUUUUUAUAAUGUUUCUUCAUGAAAUUCGGGUAUCAGCAAAAUACCGUAAACUUAACAUGGCAGGUGAAAAUCAAACUUAACUUGGAUAUCUAGAUACACCUAACUGAUAUAGAUGAAUAAAUAAAUGAAAGUAAUAAUAUCAAAGAGCUAUAAAAUACAAAUCAAAAUUUUGAACUAAAAAAAGAUAUCCAUUUUUUUUUUAAGAAUUACUGGCAGAUUUAUAUAGCUUAUUGCUCUAAUUGGUGUCAACAAUCGUAACUGUACUGUGCAACUGGGACAGUACAUGUGUUCGUUACCUGUAAAUAUGUUACAAACUUGUUUGUUUUUUUGUUAUUUUCAAUGUGAUAAAAAUUUUCUGCUAGUACUUUGUUUCAUGUAUGUAUUACUUUUUUUUUUUAAUUCUGGUGUUAACUUACAUUUUCAUAAUCUCUCGUUGGCUUGUCCCAAUUAAUGAUCCAACAUAAUGAGGUUCUUCUGUGUAUAACUGGUUGGGUUAGGUUUUACUUAUUAUUUUUUUUUUUAACAGUAUUUCUUGACUUUAUGUGUACUGUUACUUAUGUAAAUUACUUUUAAUAAUGUAAACUGCUUUUACUAGGUAUAUUAAACCAUCUAUAUGCUGUGUGCUGGUGUAGAGUCAAUUAGGCUAGCCUCAAGAAUACGUGGAACAAAUUAUAUGUGCAUAAUGGAACUGUAGUCAGUAAGAAACCUGGUUAUAAAAUAAAUCACUUCAAGUGUGUGCUAGUUGUAAAAUUUGCUUGUUCUGCUGCAAAUGUAGUUGUCUAGUUAAUUUUUGCAUAAUCAGCAGUAGUACAUAAAAAUUCUGUAUAAUUGUUACACAACAGAAGCCAGAUUAAACACAUUGUUGAGGGAUGCAGGCCGGGAACGCACAGAAUGAAGCACAGCAUGAGUGGCAACAUUUUGUUUUGUAGUAGUUGACUUCCAAGUAUUUUUAUUCGAGCAGUGCACACAUAAUCAGAUGGGGCACGAUGCAACAAAACUGUAGUGAUCAGACACAAGGCAACAACGUCGAAUGACUGCCCAUCUGCUCGCAAGCAGACUGACUGAUGGCUGUAGUGUUCUUUGUAUGUUCAAGUAUAAAGAGUCAACAAAAGCAUGCCGAAGUGUGUGUAUAGCUGUCUAGUUAAAGACUGAUUUAGUGUUUUUCAUUGUUUCUUUAAUUUGAGCAAAUAUUCACUUCUUUUGUAUUUUAAUUGAUUUUUUUCUCAGUAUGUAGGUUGAUUAGUAUGUUUAGUACCGGGAAGGCCUAUUAUAUAUAGUCCAUCUUUAAAAGAGAAUUGUGACAAAAAUUUCACUUCAAAAAUGUGGGAAGAAAUAAUGUAACAAAAAUACAGUUAAGCUGUCGUGAGGCAUCUUGUGAUGUCGCACCAUGUGUGGUUCUGUAUGUGCCCAGCCUUAGAACUGCCACUCAAGUAAGCUCUCGAAGUUAACGUCUCUAUCCCUUGCGGAGAUCGCAUUUGUUGAGUUGUCGGAUGUUUCACCUUCCAUCGAGCUUGUUUAGGCUUGAUUCCUGAUGGCAAUAAGCCUACAGUUUUUGUAGGUCAGGACUCUGAAUGUAUACCAAACAAUGAAUUGCCCAAAAAUAUUAUAUUGACCUGAAAGGGGAGAAAGUGACUUUUUUUUGUGUGACAAAGUUCUUACGUAAAUUUUUCUGUUGUAAUCAAAUAGAUAAACGUAUAGAAUAUGCUAGAAAAAGGUCCCAUCUUCGAUUUGUUUUGAAAUAGAUGGUGUUUUUGUCCAUGGUUUAAACUAGGCUUUUCCUUAUCCUGUGUUUUUAUUUAAAUCAAAUUUUGAAUACAAUAUCUAAUUAUUCAUGAAUAUCUUAUAUUUUUCUAAUGAAAUUGCAAAAUACGGUGAAACAAAUGAAGAUAAAAGAGAAAUAGGUAUGAAACCAUAUAGUGAAUAUAAAAUGUAAGAAAAUAUAAACUUGGCAAUCCAUUAUCUUAAACCAAUUAAAUUUUUAAUCAAUUUUGUUGAUCCAACUGAUUAUAUACAUAAAGAUAAAGUACCAUUAAUAAUAACUUUGUUUAUAAUCACAGUAUAUUUUAUGUUUAGUAAGGAUAUACAUAUUUUUAUAUGCAGAAAACAAAUCCAAUUUCUCAAAAAAAUAUAUUCUUAGGUUCGUACUAGUCAUACUUUUCUUCAUUAAAUUUUUUUUGUGAUUGAGUCCAAUUGGAUGUAUCUAUUGGUAAUGAAUGUUAAAAAAAUUGUUUGACUUGAAAUGUAAAAUCAAAUAUAAAAUUAUUCACAAACAGAAAUACCAGUUAUUUUUCGAAUACUCGCAGAUUCCUAGUUUAAACCACAUAUUCAAUUGCUAUUGGAUUAUGAAGUACCUGUGGUUAGAACACAAAACUGACAAUAUAUUAGGUAGUUCAUUCAAGUUGAUAGUUGAUAAUGUUAAAUACUUUCAUGUAUACAAUUCAUUAUGCACAUUUACAUAUACUAAGACUAAUAUUAUCUACAGCUAACAGGCCUUCAAGUUACAAAAAGUAAGUUUGAGAAACAUUUUCUAAAUUUUCUAAUCCAAUAACCUGGCCUUAUUCAGUGUUGAUUUUGUUUCUGAGUAAAAUAUGUUGUGUGUUUGGGAACUUCUUUUUUAACGGUGUGCCUUCUAUCAAUGUUGUAACUUAACCUUUUGGAAGUUUUAAAAUAGUAUUAUAGUAAUUGAACAGAUAAAUAAUGUAUGGCUGUGAAAUAACAGGUUAUAAAAUGUCAUAAAAAUAUUUAUUUUUACAAUAUAUUUUAUCUACUACUUGUAUUGUGUGUGGAAAUGUUAAUUUGUGUUGUUCUUGAAUUAAAUUAUCAAUGUUACUUGUGUA